AUGGAGGUCAGUGGCAAGGGGUCCCUCAUCACUCGUCACCCUCGGGGGUUUGCAGUGGGACCAGGACUAUUCACCAACGACACAGCCAGUGGGAUCAACUGCAUCCGCACCAAGCUUGCAGAUGACACUGAGCUGAGUGGUGUGUUUGGCACACCUGAAGGACAGGAUGCCAUCCAGAGGGCCCUGGACAAGCUUGAGGAGAGGUCCAUGGGAAAAAUCACCAAGUUCAAGGACCAGUGCUGGUGCUGCCCCUGGCCCGGGCGGCCGGCCGGCAGCCUGGCCCCGCUCCGGCUGCUGCUGCUGCUGGCGCUGGGACACGCCUGGACCUACCGGGAGGAGCCGCAGGACGGCGACAGGGAGGUUUGCUCCGAGAACAAAAUCGCCACCACCCGGUACCCUUGCCUGAAACCCACGGGAGAGCUCACCACCUGCUUCAGGAAAAAAUGCUGUAAGGGUUAUAAGUUUGUUCUUGGACAGUGCAUCCCUGAAGACUACGAUGUCUGUGCUGAAGCUCCCUGCGAACAGCAGUGCACAGAUAAUUUUGGGCGAGUUCUAUGCACUUGCUAUCCUGGAUACCGCUAUGAUCGGGAGAGGCACAGGAACAGAGAGAAGCCUUACUGCCUGGAUAUUGACGAGUGUGCCACGAGCAAUGGGACUCUGUGCUCUCAGAUCUGUGUCAACACCGUGGGCAGCUACAGGUGCGAGUGUCACGAAGGCUAUGUCCGGGAAGAGGAUGGCAGGACGUGCACCAAAGGAGAUAAAGCUGGGCUUCCUGAGAAAUCUGAAAAUGUGGCAAAACCGGGGACAUGCUGUGCCUCUUGUAAGGAAUUCCAUCAAAUAAAGCAGACAGUUUUACAGCUGAAGCAAAAGGUUGCUUUGCUGCCAAAUAACGCUGCUGAUCUUAGCAAGCAAAUCACUGGUGAAAAAGUGCUUGCCUCUAAUGCAUAUAUCCCUGGCCCCCCAGGCCAGCCUGGCCAACCAGGCCCUCCAGGGGCUCCAGGACCUAAAGGGAGUCAAGGAGCUCCUGGAUUACCUGGACCUCCUGGACAGCCAGGCCCUCGUGGAUCAAUGGGACCCAUGGGCCCGUCUCCAGAUAUAUCACACAUUAAGCAGGGCAGACGGGGCCCCGUGGGCCCACCUGGAGCCCCAGGGAGAGAUGGUAGCAAGGGGGAGCGAGGAGCACCAGGACCAAAGGGGAUACCUGGCCCACCGGGUUCGUUUGAUUUCCUGUUGCUGAUGAUGGCAGACAUCAGAAACGACAUUGCUGAGCUGCAAGAGAGAGUGUUUGGACACAGGACUCAUUCAUCAACAGAAGAAUUUCCAUUACCUCAGGAAUUCACAAACUAUCACGACACAGUAGAUUUUGGAUCCGGAGAAGACUACAAACCACGGGCAACAUCCAGAAACGCCAGGAUACAGAAGGCAGACCAUCCUUAGCUAUUCCUGCUGAAAAACAAAGCCUCUUUAGAAUUCUUCAAUA